AUGUCCAACCGUCAAUGGCUGUGCAGCGUCUGUUCUGCUCACUUUACUCGGAUGGAGCAUCUCAGACGGCACCUCAGAUCACAUGACAAUGAGCGGCCGUACGCAUGUGCCUUCUGUCGGAGAACAUUUACACGAAAAGAUGCAACGAAGCGUCAUGAGAAAACAUGCAAAGCACAGACCAGUGCCAUCAAUGCACUUGGCACGCUAGCCCCUGUGUGUAAUAAGGAGAUUAGUCACAGUGUCAACGAAGCUCCUUUUCAAAAUGCAGACCCAGACGUAGCUGACGAGGACGCUUGUCUAGCCCAUAUCCCCGCUUCAUCUGAUUUCGAAGCCCUCGAUUUGCUGUACUCUCAAGAUUUAACACCAGAUAGUACAGCCCUGGCCGAGAGACUAGAAUUCCUAGCAUAUUUUACAAGUGCUAAGGGGAUAGCGACUUUCCUGGACCAGGACACUCUUAAACAAUGGCAGAAAGUAUUACUAGAGUAUGAACGACAUAUUGAAGUGUAUGGAUACGACCGUGAUACAACGAGCCUGGAUGACACUUGUAACUCAGCUGUGAGGCAAUUCUUUCCUAAUUCAUGGGGAAACGCCGCCGAAAAUACGAUCGACCCAUCUGUGGUACACAUGAUAUCAGACGAUUCAGACCUUCUUUUUCUUAGAAGCCAAGAAAUUAUUCAUGACCUCCAAACCCUGAUUACUCAGAAAGCGUACAGAAGUAUCAUUAAGCUGGAUUGGAGCCCCUCGGUGCAGGAAUCAUGCAGUACCCUGUUUGCACCCAAUAACAUACGCCGCUUCUUGGGAUAUUUCUGGUCCCUCUGGUACCCAAACUGUCCGAUCGUACACCGACCAUCAUUCAAGCCACAGACAGCCCCAUUGACCCUAUUAUGUGUCAUGGUAGUUAUUGGGGCUUGUCUCUCCCCCCAUGAUGGAGAUAGGUCGCUUGCAAGGAUGUGGCUCGACACUGUGGAAGAAUUGGUUUUUAGCAACGAGGUAUUCCAGGAAAAGUCUGCCUUGGAAACCACACCGCCUGUGCUCGAGGGACAAACAGAAUGGAAAAAGAGGCGUGUAGAGUGUCUGCAGAUGACGUACCUAGUAUGUUCUUUACAAAAAAGAGAGGGCUCGACCGAGGCACAAACAAGAAGUCGCAGAUACCGACAUGCAAUGAUGGUGACGGUAAUCCUUGCUCUGUCCCCGAUAACAGCUUCCAUGCUCACUUUAGAACAAGCUGGCGAGAAAUAUUGGCCUCUCUGCGUCGCACCGGGAUCUUGA